AUGGUUGAUGAUAAGCAAAAGGCCAUUCAUUCUGAUUUUGAUCUGCAAUCGUUGGCUCUAUUUAGUCUGUAUAAUAAAGAAAGAAUUAUGGAGUUACAUGUAAGUCACAAAGCUGAGUGUUUUGGUUCAAUAAGUUCAGGAAUUAUAGCUUUUGACCAGCCACGGAGUUCUAGAAUUAUACCUUUUGACAAGCCACGAUUUGAUUAUGAUGUUCCAGAUAAAAUUAAGGAACCGUUGAAGUCUGAUCAUUGGUUACAUCUUUUUGAGGGAGUUGAACAGUUGUUCCCGGGAGGUGUUCAACAAAUUCGUUGUGAUAUACAAAAGUAUCACGCAACAUCCGGUUAUGAAUUCAAGAUUUACAGGAAUGAGAAGUUGAGGAUUGGUGCAUGUUGUGCUAAUAAGAAAGAGGAGAAAUGUAAUUGGCAUUUAUAUGUUGUGUCUGUUGAUGGUGUUGUAAGAAGUCCUUUUAUUAUCAAGGAACUAGAUAAUCAACAUACUUGUGUUGGUGGAUUUGUUAAUAAGCCACAGAUAUCGAAGAAACUAAUUAGCAGCUUGAUUAUUGAUGAAAUUAAACAAGAUCCUAAUAAGAAAACUAAGCAUAUUAUGGAUCAGUUUACGAGAGAAUACGGCUUUGACAUUAGUCGUUAUUAUGCAUACUCAGGGAAGAAGCAUGCACUGAAUACCACAUGGGGAGAGAAUGAGAAAUCUUUUAUGUUCUUGAACUGGUAUAAAAACAAGUUGAUUGAAACCAACACUGGUUCUCACGUCGUUUUGGAAGUUGAAGAAGGGACUCAAAAAUUUCAGAGAAUGUUUAUCUGUUUUGAAGCUUGUAGUCGCGGAUUCAAUUUCUGUCGUCCUGUACUAUUCGUUGAUGCGACCCACUUGAAAAUCAAGUACCUUGGUCAUAUGAUGGAAGCAACAGGUCUAACCGGGAAUGACGAAAUCUACCCUCCUGCUUAUGUUGUGGUUUCAUCGGAGAAUGAAGCGAACUGA